UCACAGCAUUGUCUCAUGACAAGAGGUUUCGCUAGCAAGCUGAAGCUAGACGAAACGCCAGUCUAUCUGUCGAUUCAAGGCAUUGGAUCGUCGCAAGCAGUGUCGACAAGGCUGAUUACCGCUGUAGUUGGUCCAAGGUCGCCGAAAAUAUCGUCGUUCGUCGAGGAGAUGUCGUUUCACGUGUUGCCGAAGCUGACUGUGUCACUGCCGACAGCAAGCUUCUGUGUCGCAACGUGGAAUCUUCCGAAUCCCUCGGUGCUAGCAGAUCCCAAGUUCUUCGAGAUAGGACCGAUAGACAUCAUCAUCGGAGCAGAAUACUACAUGGAGCUGCUCAAAAACGAACGGCGGAGGGCAACAGACGACGGCCCGACUCUACAAGACACCGUGUUCGGAUGGAUUGUUUCCGGUCCUGUUCCCGAGGGUCCGACUGCUGCAACGUACUCCUUAACCCACGUUUGUUCGACGGCGGAGAUCCAGGAUCAACUUUCCCGGUUCUGGGAAGUAGAGACUUGCCAGUCAACCAGCACACUGUCGGUCGAAGAAUCGGCCUGCGAGGAGUUUUUCGACAGAACGACGUUUCGGGACGAAGAAGGGAGGUACGUAGUCACACUGCCGAAGAAGGAGCGAGUGAUCCAGCAGCUAGGCGACUCCAGAUCAACAGCAAUCAAGCGCUUUUUGGGAGUAGAACGGCGGCUCGCGAUGAAUCCAGAACUGAAGAAGCAGUACGCGGAGUUCAUGCGCGAAUAUCUGGACAUGGACCACAUGAGGGAGCUUUCCGACGAUGAUGCGAGCGCGUUGUCGUAUUACUUGCCUCACCACGCUGUUCUGAAGCCAGACAGCACGACUACGAAGCUGCGUGUCGUUUUCGAUGCUUCCUGCAAGACGUCCAGUGGAAUCUCUUUGAACGAUGCCCUAAUGGUGGGACCCGUAGUGCAGGACAUGAUCGUGGACAUCACACUCCGGUUCCGUACGCACCGAUUCGCCCUCGUAGGAGACGUCGCUAAAAUGUACCGCAUGGUGCUGAUGAAUGCAGCCGAUCAGCAGCUGCAAAGGAUCGUUUGGAGAGACAGCGCUUCAGAGCCGAUCCGUACUUUCGCUCUCACGACAGUCACCUACGGUACAGCGUCCGCUCCAUACCUCGCAACGAAGUGUCUGCAGUGUCUGGCAGAUGAAGGGGAAAAGUCGCAUCCUGCAGCGGCAAAGGUCCUCAGAAAGGACUUCUACGUCGAUGAUAUGCUGUCCGGCGUAGACGACAUCGAAGAAGGGAAGACACUAGUUGGUCAGAUGGUAGAACUCCUGCAGUCUGCCGGAUUCUCCUUGCGAAAGUGGAAUUCUAACAGCAAAGAGUUGCUGUCAGCGGUGCCGGAGGGUUUGAGAGAUGAGCGCUCGAUUCUGGAGCUAGAUUCGUCUACCGCCGCCGUGAAAACGUUAGGCUUGACAUGGGAGCCUAGCACGGACUGCUUCCGAUUCAGUUCGCCAGCUUGGAAUGAGGCCGCGGAGAUUACGAAGCGUUGCGUCUUGUCUGAUGCGUCUCGACUGUUUGACCCGUUAGGACUGGUGGGUCCGGUAAUCAUCCAGGCAAAGAUCUUCCUUCAAGAUCUAUGGAAGCACGACUGCGAGUGGGAUAAACCGCUUAGCUCGCAGCUUCAAGAGCAGUGGCGUGAGUACAGGCGAAAUCUAGCAGGCCUAGAUGGGAUUGCAGUUCCCCGAUGGGUUGGAACGAGCCGUAGCACCGAAACGGUUGAGCUGCACGGAUUCUGCGACGCGUCGAACAAGGCAUACGGCGCAUGCGUGUACGUGCGUACUGUGACAGCAGAUGGGAACGUGUCAGUUCACCUGCUGACCUCCAAAUCUCGGGUGGCUCCGCUCGAGAAUUUGAAGAAAAACAAGAAGUCGCUGUCAACACCCCGCCUAGAGUUGUCCUCGGCACUUCUCCUUGCCCACCUAUACGAGAAAGUCGCUAGAAACAUCAACGUCGUCACCAAGUGCCACUUCUGGACAGACUCGACGAUCGUCGUCUGCUGGCUUUCAUCGUCACCUGCGAGAUGGAAGCAGUUUGUGGCAAAUCGUGUCUCCGAAAUCCAGCACAUUACGAAGGGAAGUGUUUGGAAGCACGUCGCCGGUGAGGAUAACCCGGCGGACAUUAUUUCACGAGGAAUGAGUCCAGCACAGCUUCAAUACGAGUCUCGAUGGUUUCACGGACCGAAAUGGUUGAUGUUGGACAACCAGUACUGGCCCACUUCGGCACAGAUCGACGAGGGCAGUCUCGACCAGGCAGAAUUAGAGGAGAAAGCGAUUGUCGCAGCCCUCCCCGCUGUUUCCCCUAGUGAGAUCUUCGGACUUCGUUCGUCGCUGGUGGAUCUAGUUCGGCUGACCGUUCACAUUCGACGGUUCAAGUGGAAUUCGUCGCCGGCAAAUCGGUCCUGUCGGAAAGUAGGCUGCAUCACGUCCCAGGAGUACGACGACGCAGUCAAGGAGCUGGUGAAGCUAUCGCAGCAGGAAAGCUUUCCACAGGAAUUCGCAGACAUAGCUCGACACGGACAGGUGCAGGAUUCCUCUAGAAUAUCGAACCUCAAUCCCCAAUUAGUUGAAGGCGUAUUGUGCGUUGGCGGCCGGCUGAAGAACGCGGAUGUUCCGGAUGGCAGGAAGCAUCCGUACAUACUCGACCAUCGGCAUCCCUUCACGAAAAUCGUCGUUGUCUAUUACCACCGCAAAUACUUCCACGCUGGUCAACAGCAGAUCGUCACGGCAGUCCGAGAGCGAUUCUGGGCAACAAGCGCCAGGAAUCUAGCAAGGCAGGUUAUCCACGAAUGCGUGCAGUGCUUUCGUGCGAAACCGAAAAUACAGGAGCAACUGAUGGCCGAUCUACCCCCCGAGCGAGUCAGACCAUGUUUCCCGUUCCAGAAAGUCGGCAUCGAUUACUGCGGCCCGUUCCAUGUGGUGUACCCGCAGCGUAGAGCCCGACCGAUCAAAUGCUUCGUAGCAGUUUACGUGUGCCUAGUUACCAAAGCGGUGCAUUUGGAGCUAGCGGCCGAUCUGUCGACGCAGGCAUUCCUUGAGACGUUGCAACGGUUCACUGCGCGUCGUGGCAAACCAUCGCUGAUAAUGUGCGACAACGGGACGAACUUCGUCGGCGCUCGACGAAAGCUGGAUGAGCUAGCCCAGCUGUUCGCGAGUCAGCAGUUCACGGAUGCAGUGCUACGACAGACGAUAGAGGACAGAAUCGAGUUCCGGUUCAUUCCAGCCCGCUCACCGAACUUCGGAGGACUGUGGGAAUCGGCGGUGAAGUCGUUCAAGACCCUGUUCAAGCGAACGAUUGGCACUCGCAGCCUGGAAUACGACAGGAUGCAAACGGUGCUGGCACAGACAGAGGCAAUCUUGAAUUCAAGACCGCUGACCCCGAUCAGCAACGAUCCGGACGACUUCGAGGCCCUCACCCCUGGACACUUCUUGAUCCAGCGGCCGCUGACGGCCAUUCCGGGACCCGAUCUUGGUGGAGUUCCGGAGAACAGACUUUCGGCUUGGGAAAGAAUGACGGAGUUCACCCAGAGGUUGUGGAAGAAAUGGUCGGAGCAGUAUUUGUCCAACCUCCACAAUCGGACGAAAUGGACGAGGCAGAGGAACAACAUAGCUGUUGGCACUAUGGUUGUUUUGAAAGAGGAGAAUUUGCCACCCUUGAAGUGGCAGUUGGCACGGGUGACCGAGGUUCACCCUGGGUCUGACGGGAACAUCAGAGUUGUUACCGUGCGGACCAAAGAUGGCAGUUACCAGCGAGCGAUCUCCAAGAUCUGCGUGCUGCCAAUCCGAGACAACCUUCCAUCUGGUGAAGGGGAGAACUAGGACUCCUCCAACGGCGGAGGUCGAAAAGACCUCCGCAACCCCAGUUAAGUUAUGUAUUCCUUAAACUUUCGAAAAAGUAACCUCCUCAUUUUUCUUCAGACAUGCCUCCCUGCCGUUUGGUGCAGCCAAACUAACGACACUCAAGCAAAUUUUGAGUUGUCCUCCGUCCGUUGUCAUGAAAUUGAGGUAAUAUGUGUCGUGUACGUUGGUGGUUGUUGCAUGUGCAUCGUUGCAUCCCGUCCAGUUUGUCUCGUCAAUCUAGCAAACGGCUAGAAGUCUGGUAGUAUUUUGUCUGUCCUGACACUAAAGUCACAAAACGUUUGAUGUUCCGAGGUACGUCUACCGUUGCAAUUGGAGGAAGAAGUGCGCAAUUCGACCUCCCGGGUUCCCGCCACGAUUUCCCACGGGUAUGGCCAAUCUGUGAAGAUCGUUCGGCAUCAAGGAUCCGUUAAAAUCGCCACGGAUAGCUAGGAAGCUUACGAGCAUCAUCGUCACCGAGAAACAGGACAAACCGAAUCUACCAUCGUUCGUCAGAGGGAUCGUCGGCGCCACACGGGCGUCCAACGGAGGCCUGAGGGCCUCCGUCCAGGCAAGUCAUUCUUGUUUUCAGCAUUACAUGUGAAAAAGCACCCUUUCAUAUUAUUCAGCAGAGUCCACCAACGUCAUCCGCGGCACAGAUUGCCUCAACAUCCGUCCAAGCCAUCAGUAGUCAGAAGUCCAAGGUCAAGUGUCGUCAGUCGUCAGCUCGAGGACGGCGUCCAUUCAGUUUACCAAGUCAUCACGUCAAGUAAUCAUCCGGUAACUCCGUCGACGAAUUCAAGGAAACAUCAAGCCACCAACGUCCCAUUCGGCACGGUAUGCUUCAGUCCGUCAGCCAACUCCGAGAUCAAGUCAUCGGCAUCGAAUCGUCCAAGUUUCCCUAGUCGAAGUCGUCAAGUCGAGGUCAUCCUCCAGUCAAUCCGUCCAGAUCAUCACUACGUCAAGCCGUCGAAAGUUGUAAACGUCUGAUGGGCAGAAACGCAAGCCUGAAAUCGCAUCGUGAAUUAGCAUCGUCAUCAACCAACCAACUACUACAGUCCACUAAAUUCGAAUCAACGAUAUCGGCAUCCAACGCGCCUGGCAGACACCAAAUCACCGUAUGGAAAGAGUUAAAGUGCAGAAAUUUGUCUGCCAGGUAAGUUGUUCCGAUUUUACUUCACCAACUCCACGAUUCUACAUCCAACUUACUUUUUCACCGAGGAUU